GCAUACAGAGUUAAAACAUGGCGAAUGUUACGGUGGUAGAUCUAAACGAAUUGGAAGACCUCAAAAAGAAUCUUGAUAAGUUUUUCCUGGUUAUAAUGGGAAUGGUUGUUUUUUUGAUGCAAUGUGGCUUUGGCUUUUUGGAAGCCGGGGCCGUCAGAAGUAAAAAUACAACAAACAUCCUGCUAAAGAACUUCUGUGACUCAUUUGUUGCUGGAAUCUCGUACUGGUUAAUAGGUUACCCGUUUGCGUUUGGUGAAGGCAACUCUUUCUUGGGAUAUACGAAUUUCGCCUCGUAUGGUUUUCCCGAGGAGAGAUUCGCGUUCUUCUUCUUCCAGUUCGUGUUCGCAGCCACCGCCGCCACCAUCGUGUCCGGGGCCAUGGCGGAGCGGUGUGAAAUCAUCGCCUAUUUCACCUACAGCAUCGUCCUCUCAGGCUUCAUGUACCCUAUCGUCACCCACUGGGCGUGGCACGAGCAUGGGUGGCUGACUGUGGGCAAGGAGUACCAACAGACAGACGGGAACGUGACCACCUAUUUCACAGCACACUACUCGGAUUUCGCCGGAAGUGGCAUUGUGCACAUUUUGGGCGGUGUGGCAGCAUUUGUUGGCGCCCUGCUUCUUGGACCGAGGCAGGGCCGAUUUCACAGACCGUCGUCUACAAUAAUCGACAUACGAGGACACUCAGUGCCGCUUGCCGCGCUGGGUGGCUUCAUCCUGCUGUUCGGGUUCCUGGCGUUCAAUGGCGGGUCCCAGCUGAAUAUAUCUCAGAGCGGCAGUGGCCAGGUGGUGGCGCUGGCGGUGGUGAACACCUUCUUGUCCGGCUCCUGCUCCGCAUUCGUGACGCUCUUCUCCGCCAGAAUCACGGGCCGCCACUGGAGUCUUCUCUUUACCAUCAACGGAGCGCUCGCGGGGAUGGUUGCCGCGUGCGCCGGGUGUAACGUCAUCUACCCGUGGUGUGCCUGUAUAGUGGGUGUGUUCGCCUCGAUCUCCUACCAGUUCUGGGCCUGGUUUAUGGUCAAGAUGUGGAUUGAUGACCCACUGGAUGCUGUUGCUGGUAAGCCUUAUUGA